GUGACGCGGCAGUGGGGCUGGCUCUCCUCCGCUCUGCCUGCUUCAUAAACGGAUAUGAGAGAGCAGCACCGGAGCGGCAGUCAACGCUGACCAUGGCGGAAGAGGACGACGCGACGGUUAGGGUUUUACAGAGCCUGCGGGGGAAAAUAUGUGAGGCUAAGAACCUGGGUCCACUCUCGGGUCCAAAUCGACAAAGAGAUCUCUGCACCUUCUGCACCAUAAGUCUGGAUCAGGAGGAGGUGUUUCGCACAAAGGUGUUCGACAAGAGCGUCAGCCCCUUCUAUGGAGAGGACUUCUACUUUGAGAUCCCUCGUCCAUUUCAGUGUUUAUCCUUCUACGUUUAUGCCAAGAGCGUUUUCCAAAGGGACCUACCUGUUGGCAAGGUGUCAAUCAGGAAGGAUGACCUGGCCAAAUACAGUGGAAAAGAGCAUUGGUGCAGCCUUCAUCCAGUAGAUCCCAACUCAGAAGUCCAGGGAAAGGUUCACUUGGAGAUGCGGCUGAAUGAAGUGAUCACAGAGAACGGAUCAGUGGGUCAACACUUAGUGGUCCGGAUAAUCGAGUGUCAGGGUUUGCCUCUGAUCAGCGGGCAGAACUGUGACCCGUACGCCACCGUGUCACUCGUUGGACCUGCCAGAUCGGACCAAAAGAAAACGAAGGUAAAGAAGAAAACCAGCGACCCUCAUUUUGAAGAGACGUUCUUCUUUGAGGUCACACGGACCAGCAGCUACUCUAAAAAGUCUCAUUUCCAAGUGGAGGAGGAAGACAUAGAAAAACUGGAGAUCAAAGUGGAUUUGUGGAACAAUGAGAAUCUAGCUCAGGAUGUGUUUCUGGGGGAGACGCGGGUCCACGUGAAGAUCCUGAGAAGCGACCACAUCCACAAAGCCUGGUAUCUCCUCCAGCCCAAAGGGAACGGCAGCAAGUCAAAGUCCGAUGAUCUGGGAUCUUUGCGUCUGAAGCUGACCUACAUCGAAGACACGGUGCUGCCAUCUGCCUUCUACACACCGCUCUGCAACCUGCUGCUCAAAUCCCCCGACGUGAAGCCCAUCUCGGCUUCAGCCGCUCACAUCUUAGGGGACAUCUGCAGGGAGCGCUACGAGGCGGUCCUGCCCACGGUCCGGCUGCUGCUCCACCACAACCGCUUUGUGCCUUUCGUCUCUGCGGUGGCAGCGCUGGAGCUGGAAAACACUCAGGAGGCUAACACUAUAUUCCGUGGCAACUCACUGGCAACGCGCUGCAUCGACGACAUGAUGAAGAUUGUGGGAAAGAAUUACCUGGCUGUUACCCUGAAGCCUGUAAUAGAUGAGAUCUGUGAGUCCAACAAAACAUGUGAGAUAGACCCGGUUAAACUAAAGGAAGGCGACAACGUGGUGGUGAACAAGGAGAACCUUCAGGGUUACGUGCAGAAGGUUUUCUCCUCCAUCACCCAGUCCAGCUCCAGCUGCCCCCCCCUGAUGUGUGACGUCUUCAGGUCUCUGAGGAACCUGGCCUGCAAACGCUUUUCAGCUGACCCACAUGUCCAGUACUCGGCCGUCAGCAGCUUUGUGUUCCUGCGGUUCUUCGCCGUCGCUGUUCUUUCUCCGCACUCCUUCCAGCUCCGCUCCCACCACCCUGACCCUGAGAUCUCCCGCACGCUCACCCUCAUCUCAAAAACAAUCCAGACGCUGGGCAGCUGGGGGAGUCUGUCAAAAAAAAUGUCUAGCUUCAAAGAAACCUACAUGUACGACUUCUUCAAAUCAUUCCAAGAAGACAAGUGUAUCGAAAAAGUAAAAAAGUUCCUUGAUGAGAUCUCCACUAACGUCAGCAAAGAGUCCAGUGUGCUGGAGGACGCUGUGGUGCUGAAGGAGGGGGAAGUACAGAAGCGAGCCCAGGGCAGGAAACGACUUGGAAAGAAAACCUUUAAGAAGCGAUGGCUCAGACUGACCAAUAGGGAGCUCUCCUACCACAAACAUAAAGGGAAAGAAGCCCUCUGCAUCAUCAAUGUGAAAAACAUCCAGGCUGUGGAGAAACUGGAUGAAAGUGCCUUUAACCGCAAAAAUAUGUUUCAGGUGGUGCACUGCGAGAAGCUGCUGUACAUGCAGGCGGGGAACUGCGUGGAGGCCGGCGAGUGGCUGGAGGUGCUCGGCCCGGUCAGUCGCUGCAACGAGGGCCGCUUCUCCUCCUUCCACCCCUCAAACUACAGCGGGGGAUUCUGGCAGUGCUGCAGGAGCCCGAGCAGCAGCGCCCCCGGCUGCAAGCCCUGCACCACCACCGUGCUGGCCAACCUGCAGCUGGACAUCGACUGUGACCGCGAGACGGAGAGGAUCUUCUCCCUGCUCUCCGCAAACGAUGCCAAGCUGCAGAACAUGGAGGAUGCGUGUGCCAGCAUGGCGGUGUACCAGGGGCCUCAGAGGGAGCAGGAGGAUUACUCAAAGUUCACCAUUCAGGAACCCAAAGAGACCUUUCAGACCCUGAAGCAGCUCAGAAACAUCAUGGAGGAACUUCAGAGGCAGCACAACAUCCGCAGCGACACCGCGGCGCAGUACGGGAGCAUGGACAACCCCAUCAUAGGGAAAACCUCCUAACCCGAGCAGAUCUGAACCGGAACCGUCUCCUCUGAACCCUGUUGAGUUCGCUCUGUUCGGACCCCCCCCUCCUCUGGUCCCUUUUCCUCAUCUUAAUUUAUGUCCUCUUUGAUAUCUACAGCUGUGUGAAAGAAGCAUCAUUACCUGGUGUGUGAAUAGGCUGCUAAUUUCUUUUAUUCACCCAUUUUUUUUUUUAAUGAUGCUCUCCCAAAUCUCGUAUGGUUUUGCUCUGACACCACGUCUUUAAAAGUUGAUUUAAUAAUCAUCUUUGUGGAUUAUGGUCCUCUAUGUGUCCCCCCUUUUAUCCUCUCUUAGUGUCCUUGCUCUGAACAAAAGUGUAUAAAUAUUUUCCGAGGACAGUUGAGUAGAGGAAACCGAUCUGCCUUACUUUGAUGGAUGUUUCUUUCACAUGAAAUGCUGAGGGAAUAAUGCAGAAGCACUUUAAAUAUUUGGAGCUCUCCAAAUGGAAACGAUUAGAUACUUGGUAUCAACUCUCCCCAAUUUGAUCAGUUUCAUGAUCCGUUUGUCUGUUUAAUCAUUCGUGUUCAAUAACAUUUAAAGCCUGUAGAUUUUAAGAUAUUUUUCUUGACCAAAGACGAUUUCAUAGGUUUGACUUGAAGAAAAAACAAAAUGUAUUUUGAAUACAAAUGUUUUCUAAUGGAGAAAAUUAUAUAUAUAUAUAUAUAUUUGGUUUCUGUGUUUGUUUGUUUUUGCUAACAUAUCCUUGAUUUAGUGACUUAAGGCGAGCAUGCAGUCCUGAGAGCACAUGGUGGUGUAGAGUCGUGUUUCCCUGUGAUUGUGAAUCGUUUCGGUACGCUGUGCAUCGCAACAUAUCUGGAGUGGCUUAUGUGAGGAACAAGAGGGAACAAUCAUAUUCAUAAAUCACCUCCCCAUCAUCCCUUAAAUAGUCCAGACAAUCACAACACAUUUCAUUUUUAAAAUCAGCAGCUUUUGUACCUAUGGCUUAAGAGAAUUUGUUUGAAAUGUGUCUCUUGUUGAUUUAGUACGGUGCAAACAUGCUAAAACAUUUCCAUUAGGAAAAACACGCUGGACUUUCAAAAAUAAUGUAAACACAAAUGUGCCAAAACGCAUACAAAUGAAGAUUUGUGGCGUUUACUCAAGUGCUGCAUUUAGGAAUCGCUGCAAGCUCAAAACACAACGUAAACCAGGGGACACUAAUGGCGCGUUUCCACUGCAGCGGGUAGCUCGCUUUGGUUAGGCCUUAUUAGGCCCGGUGUCGGUACACGAUGUGUUCGGGGUCCGUCUCUUACCAGUGACGUCACGAUGUACGACGUCACGCAUUGUGAUUGGCUGUAUGGUAAUUUACCCACGCUGUCUAGAGUAUGAAAGGGUUAAUAAAACACUCAGGGGAGUUUCCUGAAUUUAUGCCCAAAGCCAAGCACUAGGCUCUGGGUAAAUUAAGAGGCUGAUCUGGGGCACUUUUGUCCACUUUCCCUGGUGCUAGAAACUCAAGUCAGGCCUCCCUGGAAUCGUCUCAGAGUAGAUGAUCAGUGGGGCCUUCUUUUACUGAAACAUGAUGUUUCGAUGUAUAUUUCCAUUUCAAAUGCUAACCGCUAGCCGCAAAGCUAGCAUCGCAGCCACACGCUAGGAGUAUGGGAGUAGUAGUGUAAACAUAAUUAUGUAAAUAACCCAAUUUGUGUUCUGUGAAACGGAAAAGGAUUCUAUGGAAACAACAUCACGGAGAAAAAAGUAAUAUCUUCUACAUAUAAUAACGGACAAAGUAAAGAAUGAAGUGUAGGCUAUGUUUAAAUGUUCGGAAUCUGACCGUGUAUGAUGGUCCUCUUGAGUUGCCGUACAGCCAUUGCUCCGUUUUCAUGUUUUUUUAACAUGUUUUUCACACGCUAGGAGUAUAGGAAUACUUCAAUUCGGUUCGUCAUGAUCUGUAGAUGUGAUUUGCCCCCGAGCACCCCUGUGUAAAUUACCGUACAGCCAAUCACAAUGCGUACAAUGCGUGACGUCAUUGGUAAGAGACGGCCCCCGAACACAUCGUGUACCGACACCGGCUCACUUUAAUGCUGCGCUUCCAUUACAGUUUAGGAACUGGGGUAGUUACUAUAGUAACGCAGUGUAGGCGGAGCCGUGACGUCAUCUUCAAUGAGAGCCCCAGAAAAACAACACAGCCGUUAGCUCUUAGCCCUCAGAGCUCACAGCUCUUCAUAUCUGUUCAGAAAC